AUGUCACGUGGCGGCCUAGCUCCCCGCAAUAUCAUCACCUCUCCAUCUUCCUCUGACAUCAGGCUCCGUCAACAAACAUCGAAUCCAUCUUCCAAAGCCAUUACGAGAAUGAAUCCCACACUCCACGCCGAUACUCCUCCCCCACCGCCUCCAAAGCCCAGCAGCCACGAGGCUAGUCGCAGAGGCACACCACAAGUCAACUCCCCAUUACCAGCGACACCCCAACUCUACCGGCAAAGUCAAUAUGCACCAGACGCCCAAACUCAGCACAUAGCUGGUACUAUCACUUCAAACCCGGCGAAUCCGCCAGCGAGGCCCCCGGCCGUCGAAGAAAAUUGGCUUCCAGAGGGCAUCAAAGAGAAAUCGACGGUCGACCUCCAAACAAUCCUCCAAACUCCCACCCUGAUUUCCGCCCUCUCCUCCAAGCACCCCUCCUACGCAACCCACGAAACAAACCUCCAAACCCUCCUCAAAUACAACCAAGACCUCGCGCACCACCUCCUCGACCUCCAAACGCGCCUCAGCGAGCUCCGCUCCUCAACCGAAACCCUCCUUCUCCAGCAUCAAUCCCUCGAAGUCUCAUGGCGCAAGAAACAAGUUGAGAUGGACUCCGCGCUGGCACCGUGGUCGCCCAAGGCGCUGUACCAGAGGCUAAGUGCGGCGAUUGCGGAGCAGGAGGCUGUUUGUCGGGCUGUUGAGGAGAGUUUCUUGGAGGGCGAGCAUGAGUUGCAUGGGAAGGCGUCUGAGAAAGAGGUUGCGGAGUGGGUGAGGAGGGUCAGGGGGGAGGGGGCGAAGUUGGCGGGGAGGAGGGAGGCUAAGGCGAGGUGGGAUGAGGGGAGGGUUGGAGGGUGGAGGUGA